UAAUAUUUAAGCCUAAUAUAAACAUAACACAGAGUUGAAGAUGAGGUGUGUUGGAAACAGUGUAGAAUUCUGAAAAAAUUUGCUCACCAAGGAUGGAUGAUUCUAAAAUGAAGUGAAAUGAGGAAGCGUCAUCCAAUUCCAAGAUUGGAUAAGUAUUGAAGAAAAUCCAAAUACCGUAGGAGACUGACGUGGCGGUUACUUGGUUAGCAACCUAGCCCAGUUGGAGGAGAAAUGCCCCCAAACUAAAACAAAUCUUAAAUAAACACCUAUUUUUAUCAUCUUCUCAUUCAUAUUAAUCUUCAAGACAACAACACCUCAUCCAUCGGUUAGUUGAUUUCUUCAUCAUCUCAUCUCUUUGUUUCAAUUCAAUCCUUACAGCCUUUUCUAUAUCUGCUGAGGUCUAAAAAUAGGGUAUCAGUUGACUUUACAUCCUGAUGGUUCUGCAGUGAUAUAUCAGCCUAUAUGACUAAAAGCAGCUUCAAGAUUGAGCAUGAUUUUGAGAAAAGGCGUGCUGAGGCUGCCAGAAUCAGGGGAAAAUACCCUGAUAGAAUUCCAGUGAUUGUGGAGAAGGCAGAAAGAAGUGAUAUUCCUAACAUUGACAAGAAGAAAUACUUGGUCCCUGCCGACCUCACAGUUGGUCAGUUCAUCUAUGUAAUCCGGAAGAGAAUUAAACUGAUCGCUGAAAAGGCUAUCUUCAUAUUUGUGGACGGUGUCCUCCCACCGACCGGAGCAAUUAUGUCAACUAUCUAUGAUGAAAAAAAGGAUGAAGACGGAUUUCUGUACGUUACAUACAGUGGAGAAAAUACAUUUGGCUAGCAGAUCAUGCAGGGACCUUAUUUCCAUGCUAUAGUUUACAUUUAAUUGAAUAAAUUAAUAAUUGUGGCAUUCUGCCUAAUAUAUGAUAUGAUUCCUCGGAAUGCCUAUACGUGUAUAGUUUCUCCGUACAUAAUUCCAUGUCAAUCUAAAAUGUCGGAACUAUUGCUCAAA